AUGAUGGAAAUAAAUGACAGCUCAGGGGACGACUUCACCUUAGUCGGCUUCUCAGAAUAUCCCCAGGCUGAGUUCAUCCUUUCUCUCUUUGUCUCUGGAUUCUACGCCAUGACACUCACAGGCAAUGUGGCCAUAAUCUUGGUCUCCCUCCUGGAUAGCCGGCUCCACACCCCAAUGUACUUCUUUCUCCGAAACCUCUCAUUUCUGGACAUGUGUUUCACUACCUGCAUUGUCCCUGAGAUGCUGGCAAACAUGUGGAAAGGCAGUAAGAAGAUCAGCUACAUAGGCUGCGUGGUUCAGUAUUCUGUGGCCUUGGCUCUUGGCUCCACAGAGUGUGUGCUUCUUGCUGUCAUGGCUGUUGACCGUUAUGUUGCUGUCUGCUGGCCCCUCCGCUAUGCUACAAUCAUGCAUCAACAGAUCUGCCACCUUCUUGCAACUAUGUCCUGGCUUUCAGGUUUUGUCAACUCACUCUUUCAGUCUUCACUGGCUGUUGUCUUGCCUCUAUGUGGCCACCGCCAUGUGGACCAUUUCCUUUGUGAGGUGCUGGUCAUUAUCAAGCUCUCCUGUGUAGAUACUGGUCCAACUGAGUUGAAGAUGUUAAUUGCUCGCCUGAUCAUUCUUACUGUUCCAGUCUGCAUCAUCCUUACCUCCUAUGCCUGCAUCGCCAGGGCUGUGGUGAGGAUGCACUCUGCUGAAGGACGACAGAAAGCCUUUGGGACUUGUGCAUCCCACCUGAUUGUGGUCUCACUGUUCUAUGGAACCAUCAUGUUCAUGUACCUUCGGCCUAAGAGUAACUACUCUCAGAACCAGGGGAAGGUCUUUGCCCUUGUUUAUACCAUUGUUGCCCCUACCCUGAACCCACUAAUUUAUACGCUGAGGAACAAAGAUGUAAAGAGGGCAAUUAGAAAAGUGGUCUGGAAGGACUCUGUUUAA